AUGUCCCUGCAGGUUGAUGACAGCAGCCGCCGCGGCCGGUCCCGUUCACCCGCGGGCCGUCGCGGCGAGGAGGACCGUGACCGCAGCCGUGUCCGUCGUCCCUCGGUCAGCAUUGUCGAUGCCGUGCCGUACCCAAGCUCCACUGACGCCUUGCGCGACCCCUUAUCACCCGCCUAUGAGUAUGAGCGCCUGUCUACGUGGCCACCUAGCUCCCUCGACGACAGCCAUGGUCAAUACCGAGCGGCCCCGCGCGGGAAACCGGCUGACGAUCGUGAUGAUCGGUUCGCCGAGGCCCGGCGCGAAGUCCAAUACCGCUACGGGAAGGACCGUGACAACGACCGGGACCGGGAUUCCUCGGACUCCGACAAGGAGCGCCGGCGCGAGAGCAUGUACCUGCCCCAGAAGUACGCCGCCCACAUCAAGACGGUCGAACCGCCCAGCUCCCCGCGCGAGUCACGCGACUCGCUCCGCAGCGACAAGGACCGCGACUCGGACAAGGAGCGUGAGCGCCGCCGCAAGAAAGAAAAGCUCGAGGAAGACCUAGCCUACGGCAAACUGCCCGGUCCCUCCAAGCGCGACGCCGCCUCCUCAGACUCCCCGCCGGCUGCCAGCUAUGUCUAUGCCCAGCCCAAGCCUUGGGAGUACGCCAAGACGGAGGAGCACCGGUACAGCGCCACCACCACUCACCUAGACCCUCUCGGCCCGUCCGGCCGUGCAAGCGGGCGCCGCUCGCCCAGUCCCGCGCCAGGCGGAGAGCUCAGGUCGGCGAUGAAGCGCGACCGGUCUCCGCAGCCGCCCACAGGGCGCAUGUCGAUGCUGACGGUGCAGACGCCGCACCACGCCGCAUCUCUUUCGCUCUCGUCGGCACCCCCCUCGCCUCUACUCGAGGCCUACCACGGGACAUACCAGUCCAUGUCGCCGAUGCCGUCACCGCUGCUCAUCCCGACGAGCAAUGCGCAAGUGCUGGAGGCGCUCUCGCCCAUCGACUCGGACGGGGAGCGCGACAAGGCCAAGUCGUCGCGCACGUCGCGGCGGGCGCGGUUCCACGACCCCGUCGACGACGCGGCGCGGCUGGCCAAGGCGCUCAAGGGCGAGAAGCGCGCGCCCGAGACGGCCCCGCUCAUCGAGAUCCUGCCCGGGCUGACACACGAGCAGGUCAUGGAGCUGCGCGUCGAGUACAAGCGACUCGUCAAGACGGGAGCGGAGCGCAAAGGCGUCAACAUCGCCAAGCAUAUCCGCGCCCGCCUCAAGGACGAGGACCCGAACCUCAUGAAGGCCUGCUACGCGACGGCGCUCGGUCGCUGGGAGAGCGAGGCCUACUGGGCCAACUUUUGGUACCACGGCGACAAGACGCGGCGGGAGCUGCUGAUCGAGUCGCUCAUGGGCCGCACCAACGAGGAGAUCCGGGCCAUUAAGGAGGGGUUCAGCGACAAGAAGUACGCAAACAGCCUCGUCAAGUGCAUGAAGACGGAGCUGAAGGAGGACAAGUUCAAGAAGGCGGUGCUGAUGGUGCUGGAGGAGACGAGGAUGGACGAGACGGACGCGUACGGCCGCCCCGUGAGGAUCGAUUACGAGCUGGUCGAGGACGACGCGCGGCAGCUGUGGCGCGCCGUCUCGAGCGACAAGGGCGGCGAGUCGCUCAUGAUUUCCAUCGUGACGCAGCGCAGCGACGCGCACCUCAGGGAGGUGCUGCGCGAGUACAGGGAGCGGUAUAAGGGGGCCAACUUUGCCAAGGAUGCCCUGAGGAAGAGCGGGAAUUUGGUGGGCGAAGUCCUAGCGCACAUCCUCAACGGCGUCAUCAACAAGCCGGUGCGCGACGCCAUGCUGCUGCACCACGCGCUGACGGCGUCCAAGCGCGACGAGCUGCGCCGCGAGCUGCUCAUCUCGCGCCUCGUGCGGUACCACUGGGACGCGAGCCACAUGGCGCUCGUCAAGCGCGCCUUCCGCGAGCAGUACGGCGCCGACCUGCAGGACGCCGUCCGCGACGCCACAAAGGGCGAGUGGGGCGAGUUCUGCGCCGCCCUGUGCAUCGCCCGCAUGCCCGACGACGUGAGGAGGGUCGAGCGCGUGGAUAUCCAUCGGUGA